GCCGGCGGCGCGGUGUCACGUGUCCCCACACAGUGACGGUUGGUGAGGAAAGAUGGCGGCCGUUUGGGCUGUGAGGCGGCGGCUGCCCCUGGCCGUCACGGCGGCAUGUCAGCGGCUACUGCUGGCCCCGGCGGCUGGAAUGGCAACAAAAUCUCUUCCUGAACGAGUGAAAAUUGUUGAGGUUGGACCGCGAGAUGGAUUGCAAAAUGAGAAGAUCAUUGUUCCAACUGAAGUGAAAAUUCGGUUAAUUAACCUCCUUUCUCAGACCGGAUUGUCUGUGGUUGAAGCAACAAGCUUUGUGUCUCCAAAAUGGGUGCCUCAGAUGGCUGAUCAGGUGGAAGUCAUGCAAGGAAUCAAGAUGCAUCCAAAUGUCAGCUACCCAGUGCUGACUCCAAAUCUCAGAGGGUUUCAGGCAGCAAUCAAAGCAGGCGCAAAAGAGGUGGCCAUCUUUGGCGCUGCCUCAGAGAUGUUCAGCAAAAAAAACAUUAACUGCUCCAUUGCUGAAAGCUUGCAGCGGUUCGAAGAGGUCACGAAGGCAGCAAAAGAUGCCGAUAUUCCAGUCCGAGGGUAUGUGUCCUGUGUGCUUGGCUGCCCUUAUGAAGGGAUGGUUUCCCCUGACAAGGUUGCAGAGGUGGCCAAGAAACUUUAUACCAUGGGUUGCUAUGAGAUAUCGCUGGGAGAUACAAUCGGUGUAGGAACCCCAGGCAGCAUGCGAGAAAUGCUGAUUGCUGUCCUCAGAGAAGUCCCAGUCAGUGCACUGGCUGUCCACUGCCAUGAUACAUAUGGCCAGGCACUAGCCAAUAUCUUUGUAGCUUUGCAGAUGGGAAUCAGUACAGUCGAUUCCUCAGUGGCUGGCCUGGGAGGUUGUCCUUAUGCAGAAGGAGCAUCUGGGAAUGUAGCAACCGAGGACGUAGUGUACAUGUUAAACGGGUUGGGAAUUCACACAGGAGUGGACCUGCAGAAGGUAUUGGAUGCUGGUGCGUAUAUUUCCCAGGCCUUAAACAGAAGAACCUGUUCUAAAGUUGCUCAGGCUUCUUGCAAGUUGUGAUAACGAAUGCACAGUAUAUUGCUGUUGUGUCCAGAGCACAGCCUGACAAUGUAGACAAUGACUUUUGUGCAAACUUGUCAACUUCAUCACCACAGCCUUCUCUCGCACUUAUAAACCACUUAGUGGAUAUCUCUUACANUUUUUGCUCAGUCACAGGUUAUCUUUUCCUAAAUCUACAUUUAAUCUGCCUGAUGGAAUGUAUUCAUCCCAAAUGCAUAUUAAGUGGCAGGUGAGUUGAUCACAAUGACGUUGAAAAUACAACUUGCAUUUAUAUACCGCACUUCCUGCUGGGUAGAGUCCACAAUGGUUGUCUCCUGGAGAAGAAAGCUGGUUAUGGGAAGGACGAACGAAAAUAAUCUUUAUUUGUGUAAAUUAAAAUAACUAAUUAUUUCAAUUGUGUAAUUUUGUCUUAUUUUAAAAGUACUAAAGGCAAAAAAAAACACUACCUGCAUAUCAUGCUAUGUAAUAAAUCAAUAUUUUAUAUUUAACGUACAUUGCAACUGUAAAAGCUGACAAUUUUAUGUGCAGUAUAUUUCUAUUUGUAUGUGAAUUAUCUGCGUUAUUUUAAAUUGGGGAUAGAAUUUCUGGAUUAAAAUCUGUGGUGUUUAUAUUUAUUAUGACAGGAGAAAUCCCCAAAUAAAAAUUUUAUCUAAUGCC